GGAAAAAUUGCAUCAGAGCUUUUCUCCAAUGGAAUCAUCUUCUCCUUCUCCUGCUUCUUCUGCAGAGUUCGAUGAAGAGAUUUCAUCGUGGAAGGCUGCUCUUGCCUCAGCAUCCAACAUUCUCGGUUAUGUAGUCAAGGAAAUUAGCACGUCUGAGGCCAAACUUGUUGAUGAAAUUGCUGUUGACACAUUCAAGAAGCUGAAUGAUUUGGCUCCGAGUGGGAACGAAGGUCUCGUGGGGAUGGAAUCGCGUCUGAAGAAUCUUGAAAAGUUGUUAUCAUGGGAGGAUUUGGAUUCUGUUCAUAUCAUAGGCAUUGUUGGAAUGGUUGGGAUUGGAAAAACGACUCUUGCUGAUUGUUUGUAUGGACGUAUGCGUGGUCAGUUCGACGGUGGCUGCUUCCUUACAAAUAUCCGCGAAAAUUCGGGUAGAAGCGGAUUAGAAUCUUUGCUGCAGAAACUCUUUUCAACAGUACUAAAUGAUAGAGAUUUGGAGAUUGGAGCUCCUGGAAAUGCACAUGAGAGAUUUGAGCGCCGGCUUAAGAGCAAGAGGUUGCUUAUUGUGCUUGAUGAUGUGAAUGAUGAAAAGCAGAUCAGAUAUCUUAUGGGGCACUGCAAAUGGUACCAAGGAGGAAGUAGAAUUAUCAUUACUACUAGAGACUGUAAACUGAUCGAGACGAUCAAAGGCCGAAAAUAUGUGCUCCCGAAAUUGAAUGAUAGAGAAGCCUUGAAGCUCUUUAGCUUGAAUGCGUUUAAUGACUCUUUCCCUUUGAAAGAGUUUGAGGGUUUGACAAAUAUGGUUCUAGAUUACGCUAAAGGCCACCCUUUGGCUCUUAAGGUGUUAGGAUCUGAUCUUUGUGAGAGGGAUAAUCUGUACUGGGAAGCUAAACUGGAUAGACUGAAAUGUAGAUCACAUGGAGAUAUCUACGAAGUUCUGGAAACAAGCUACGAGGAGCUUACCAUUGAGCAGAAGAAUGUUUUUCUCGAUAUUGCAUGUUUCUUCAGAUCAGAGAACGUGGAUUACGUGACAAGCCUUCUCAACAGUCAUGGUGUGGACGUGUCUAGCGUGAUAAAGGAUCUUGUUGACAAAUGUCUAAUCACUCUUUCUGAUAAUCGCAUUGAGAUGCAUGACAUGUUGCAGACGAUGGGCAAGGAGAUUAGUUUAAAAGCAGAAACAAUAGGAAUAAGAGACUUUAGGUGGCUAUCACGACAUGGUAACCAGUGCCAAUGGCAUAUCAGACUAUGGGACAGUGAAGAUAUUUGUGACAUACUAACCAAAGGCCAGGGAACUGACAAGAUAAGAGGGAUUUUUCUCGACACAUCAAAACUAAGAGCAAUGCGUCUAAGUGCCAAAGCCUUCAAAGGGAUGUACAAUCUCAAAUACUUGAAAAUUUAUGAUUCUCAUUGUUCCCGUGGAUGUGAAGCGGAAUUUAAACUGCACUUGCGGAAGGGGCUUGAUUACCUUCCUAAUGAGCUUACAUAUCUACAUUGGCAUGGUUACCCACUACAGAGUAUCCCUUUAGACUUUGACCCCAAGAAUCUUGUAGACUUUAAAUUGCCACAUAGUCAAUUAGCAGAAAUUUGGGAUGAUGAAAAGGAUGCUGGAAUGCUCAAAUGGGUUGAUCUUAGUCACUCCUUGAAUUUACAUCAGUGUUUGGGUUUGGCUAAUGCUCAAAAUCUUGAGAGGUUGAAUCUAGAAGGAUGUUGCUCACGAUUAGAGGUUUUUCCAGAAAUUAAGGAAGACAUGGAAUCUUUGGAGAUUUUACUUAUGGAUGAUACAGCCAUCACUGAGAUGCCAAAGAUGAUGCAUUUGAGCAAUAUCAAGACAUUUUCGUUAUGUGGAACAAGCAGUCAAGUUUCUGUUAGUAUGUUCUUCAUGCCACCUACAUUGGGCUGCUCUCGGUUAACAGAUCUUUACCUCUCAAGAUGCAGUCUUUACAAACUCCCAGAUAAUAUCGGUGGCCUAUCCUCUUUGCAGUCUUUAUGCUUAAGCGGAAACAACAUCGAGAAUCUUCCAGAAAGCUUCAACCAGCUUCACAAUCUGAAAUGGUUUGAUCUAAAGUUUUGCAAAAUGCUCAAGUCUCUACCAGUCCUUCCGCAAAACCUGCAGUAUCUAGAUGCACACGAAUGCGAGUCACUUGAAACUUUGGAAAAUCCAUUGACGCCUUUGACGGUAGGAGAGAGGAUCCAUUCUAUGUUCAUCUUUAGCAACUGUUACAAACUGAACCAAGAGGCACAAGAGAGUCUCGUGGGUCAUGCUCGAAUCAAAAGUCAGUUGAUGGCUAAUGCUUCUGUAAAACGUUAUUAUCGGGGUUUCAUCCCAGAGCCUCUGGUUGGAAUCUGUUAUGCAGCGACAGAAAUACCGAGCUGGUUCUGCCACCAAAGACUAGGACGCUCACUAGAAAUCCCAUUGCCUCCACACUGGUGUGACACUAACUUUGUUGGACUUGCGUUAUCUGUAGUUGUCUCAUUCAAGGACUAUGAAGACAGUGCGAAACGUUUCUCGGUAAAGUGUUGUGGCAAAUUCGAGAACCAAGACGGUUCCUUCACGAGAUUUGAUUUCACUCUCGCAGGCUGGAACGAACCAUGUGGAUCCCUUAGCCAUGAACCAAGAAAGCUCACUUCUGACCACGUUUUCAUGGGAUACAACAGUUGCUUCCACGUCAAGAAUCUCCAUGGAGAGAGUAACAGUUGUUGCUACACAAAGGCUUCGUUCGAAUUCUAUGUGACAGAUGAUGAAACAAGGAAGAAGAUAGAAACUUCUGAGGUGAUAAAAUGUGGGAUGAGUCUAGUGUAUGUUCCUGAAGAUGAUGAUUGUAUGUUGCUGAAGAAGAAAAAUCUAGUUCAGCCGAGUUUGAAGACUGGACCAAGUUGUUCCUACGAUCUUGAUGAUGUCAUGGAUGAUGUUAGACCCAAGAGAGGACUUUGCCAGUUUAGUGGUGGUGAUGAAAGACCAGAAUGUAAAAGAACAAAGGAGGAGAAGAUCUUGGCGUGAGAGGUUCAUUAAUAAAAUGUUAGUUUUUUC